AUGUCAACUCAAUCCCGACCCACCAGCGCGAAAACAAACUACCUCCUCGCCUAUAACUUUGUCUCCGCAGUGCUCUGGCUCACGGUGCUGGGCCGUGUUGUGCUGAUCAGUAAGGAUAAUGGUGGACCAGUGAAGGCGGCGGAGACGGGAAAGGUGUAUCAAGGGCUGGAGAGCUUUACGAGACUGGUCCAGACGGGCGCAUUGCUCGAGGUUGUGCAUAGCUUGGUUGGCAUCGUCCGCGCCCCCAUCUUCACGACCUUAACCCAAGUCGCGAGCCGCAUCCUGCUGACAUGGGGCGUGGGAUACAACUUCCCACAGACUACGGCGAACAGCCCGGCCUACUCGAGUAUGCUGCUGGCGUGGUCGGUGACAGAGGUGGUGCGGUACUCGUAUUUUGUAUUUGUGCUGGGUGGGGUGGGGGUUCCAGGGGUGCUGAGCUGGAUGAGAUACAACACCUUCUUCCUUCUCUAUCCCAUCGGAAUCUCGAGCGAAUGUUGGUUGAUCUAUAAAGCUAUUGCGCCGGCUUCGGAGUGGAAUCCUCUCUUUGGGUAUGCUCUUUGGGGCGUGCUGGCGACCUAUGUGCCUGGCGCAUAUAUGCUAUAUACCUAUAUGAUGAGCCAGCGGCGACGCGUCAUGCGCGGCAAGGGCAAGGCGAAGCAGUAG